AUGAAAACACUGGCCAGAGGAUAUUGCUGGUGGCAAAAUAUGGAUCGUGAUAUCGAGCAAAUGGUGAUGAACUGCACAGACUGUCAACUUACACGACCAGAAGCAAACAAAAUUCAACCCACACAUUUCUGGGAAAUGCCGGGAAAGCCGUUUGAGCGGGUACAUGCAGAUUUCGCUGGUCCAUUUAGAGGUAAUUACUUUUUUAUUCUAGUUGAUGCCUUCACUAAGUGGCCAGAGGUGCACGUAAUCCCAAAUUUGACUACAGAAAUAACGAUACAAAAAUGUCGAGAAAUUUUCAGUACAUUUGGCUUACCGAAAAUAUUUGUUAGCGAUUGGGGAUCACAGUUCAUGGCGGAUAGUUUUCAGAGAUUUUUGAAAAACAAUGGCAUUCAGCACAAGCAAGGUGCUCAAUACCACCCAUCGACAAAUGGUCUUGCCGAACGUUAUGUGCAAACCUUUAAAAACAAACUUAAAGCAAUUAAUUGUAACAAAAAGUUAAUAAGUCAAGAAUUAUCAAACAUUUUAUUCGAUUACAGACGUGCUAUACAUCCAGCUACUGGGAAAUCUCCAUCAAUGCUCAUGUUUGGACAUCAAAUAAGAUCGCGCCUGGACUUAAUGCUACCAGUUGAAAACAAAAUACAUCGAAAUAAUUUCAAUGAGAACAUCAAACCCAAAUUUGUAUUAAAUGAAAGGGUUGCAGUGCGAGAUUAUUUAUCAGCAGUUAAAUGGAAAUUCGGUAAAGUGAUUGAAAUAGUCGGACAAUUACAUUUCAUGGUGAAGUUAGAUGAUGGGCGAAUCUGGAAAAGGCAUACCGAUCAAAUGCGCAAGGUUGGUGAAGAGGUGAGAUCUAGAGAACUAUUUAUAUGCAACAAAGAAAAUGAUAUCAUUGAGGAGGAGAACGAAGGUCCAAGUACAUCAAUGGAAUUACCAAUUAAACCACAAAGAACCACUAGUAUAGCAACAGAGACAACGGAGGUGCCAAUAGUUUCUGAGGCAGGCGAUGAACCGGCAGCGGAUGCAGGAGGUUCAGGUAAGGAAAAUAAUCAGGAAGUGUUAAGACAAUCAGAGAGACAAAGAAGGAAACCGGAUAAAUGGGGUUACGAGAAGAUGUAA